AUGGCCACCCAGCUAUGCUCAAUGGAUGAUAAUUACUAUCCUACCUGGCGUCAACAAGCUUCAGAAUUGCAGACAUCAAUGAUGGAGAUUAUGGAAGCUACCGAUUUAGAGAAGCAGAAACUUAACAAUACACGUAUAGAAGCACUUGUGAGACUGUCAAAACUUGCGACUGCGAAUGCCGACCUUGCAAGGUCUCUUGCUGUUGCACAGAAAAACCUUGAAAUAGAGUGCAAAAUUGAAGGAGAGGGAAUUGUCAUGAGAAAACUUAAUUUGACAUACUAUCAUCUAUUGCAUUUACAGGAGGUGCGGCACCAAUGUGGUGGUCGUAAUUUCCUUGGUUAUUUGUUUUUGGUUGAGGCACUAUCCUCAAAAAAGGCAAUGCUGCUAUUCAGAAUCAAGGCAGUUUCAAGGUUACUGGAUGAGAACAAGUUGAUUGUGGAAUUAGCUGAUUUUCCCGGUACCUCUUCAAAAGUUGAUCUAGAAUCCAGUGUAUGGGAACCCUAUAAUUCGAAGUUCAGGCCUUUAGUAGUUAAAAAGAAAACUCGAUCCAGCCAGCAACAUUUGGGAUCAUUGAUUCGACAGUUGGACUCAAUUUUUUCUACUAGUGUCAUCUUUCUAAGAAGGAAUUCGACUGCUGGGAUUUGGUCUGGUGCUGUUGUUUCCUUGGAGAAUAUAAACAACACUGGAGGUGUCUAA